UAUAGUCCACACUUUGAAUUGAAUAGCAAGAAGGACAAUACUGUCAAGACCUAAAGAGUUCGGAGGUGUAAAUUGCAAAAUGGCCCUACCCACCUGAUCCUCGCCCAUCUCUUGUUAUUUUCCUGUUCGUUCUCCUCCGCCAUCUCCAUUGUCGAAGAAGGUACAAGAAGAACCCUGAACCCACUCUUGUCCUCCAUGACAGCUACCUCCUCGUCAGCUCCUCAGCACAGUUACGGUAGUUAAUGGACCGUUGGAAGGCUGUAUUGAAGGACCCAGUUUGCCCAAACAGCAGGGCUUGCUAUAGAGUUGCUGUCUCCCUGUGCAUUCAUCCUGCAUCGAAGACCCUUGCCGUACCUUCAGUUAAUGCCAUCUUCUUUAAUGGAGAUCGGGUUGAGGGGACUCGGAACCCGGUGAUUGAGAGACUAUCAGAUUUACAACAUCUUGCUGAUGUUCUCGUUUCGAAGUUCGGUGGCUCCACUAACGCUUGGGUGAUCGAGGCUUCCACUUUUAAUGGCCCUUUUGCGGUUUACAAGGAUUUCAUUCCGUCUGUCAAUCGCUACGGUGAACCAAAAGAGUACAGUGCCACUGGAUUUCCGGCCUCUGCAUCAAUUAUCUCCCUGUUAUCCAAGUGCAUUGAAAAGCAGGUAAACCAUCUUAUUAGAAAAGGCAAAGAACCAGGCCCUUCCAUCUCAUCUUCGACGCUAUCAAAUACACCCAAGUCUAUCAUCCUUGGAUUUAGUAAAGGCGGUACUGUGCUCAAUCAGCUGGUGACCGAGCUCAGCAGUUGUGACGUGACAUCUUCUAGCUACCCCUACUCCAUUGAAGUGCGGCAACAAUUUGCUGGAGAAGCUCCAACAGCGGUCUAUGCAUCCCAUAUUCUACCCACAACAAAGGAGAGCUUCUUAGGCAGUAUGACAGAUGUGCAUUACGUGGAUGUGGGCUUAAACUCUCCCGGUGCAUACAUAACAGAUCGUGAUGUGAUCAGUAGAAUCUCCGAUCGCGUUGCGCGAGGGGCCCACCCUGUUCAGUUUUUCAUUCAUGGGACUCCUAGGCAGUGGUGUGACAGAGAACGAGCUUGGAUACCAGAGGAGAAGGAUGUGCUUGUCGGUCUGCUCAAAUCGGAAUCUCUAAAGGUUGGAGGGAAACUACAGGUGAGUGAGAGACUUUAUUUUUCAGAUAGACCUCGUGAUCUCCAAAUGCAUUUCGAGAUAAUUGAGAAGUUAGAUGUCAGUGUAAACUCAUAGAAAAUAAAUUUGAAAUAAUGUAAUCCAUAUUACUAAAUUAUUAUGAGAAUUAUAGUACCAUAUGAUAAAUCAUGAUGAUUCCUUA